AUGGGAGCUGCUGAUUUGGUAUCUGGAUCAGCAAUGACUACAAACUGGAGCACAGACUAUUCUGGUGUUGGUUCUGAUGACAUCUGUCCGUUGCAAGAGUUGCCAUAUGCUCAUAUCUUUAUACCCACCCUGAACUUCAUUACUUUCUUCACUGGCUUCUUUGGUAACUUGUAUGUGAUCCUGCUGAUGGCAAGAAAACAAGGCAGCAAGAGACUUGUGGACACAUUUGUUCUCAACCUGGCUGUGGCUGACCUAGUCUUUGUAUGUACUUUGCCUUUCUGGGCUCUGUCAGUUGCUCUUGGUUACUGGUGCUUUGGUGAAGUGAUAUGCAAGCUCAGCAGUUAUACCAUCUCUGUGAACCGUUGCUCUAGCAUUCUGUUCCUGAUGGGUAUGAGUGUGGAACGCUUUCUUGUGGUGAUGAAGCACUGGGAUUCCAGGUCCACUGGAACCAAGAAGAGCAUAGGCAUAAGCUGUGGUUGCAUCUGGGUGGUCUCCCUCCUGCUGGGAAUUCCAUCUCUAGUCUACAGGAAGUUGAUCCCCAUGAAAGACACCAGCCAGCCUUUGUGCCAAGAUGAAGUGCCGUCCACCACUUUCAGUUUGGUUUUGCUCAUUUUGACGUUUCUGCUGCCCUUGGGAGUCAUCUUAUUCUGUUACUGCUCUAUCUUCUUCAAGCUUCGUGGUCACAUCAGCCGAGGCAACAGGAGAAACAAUGCCCUUAAAAUCAUCUUUGCUAUCAUUGGAGCAUUCAUCUGUUUUUGGCUACCAUUCAAUACCUUCAACACAUUUCUUAUCUUUGCUGUGUCCCAGGACUUGUAUCUUUCUUGCCCAGUACAGACAGCUCUCAGGUGGGGACUGGCCAUCACUGCUUGUUUGGCCUUCACAAACAGCUGCAUUAACCCUAUCAUCUAUGUCUUUAUGGAUCAGCAUUUUCGACAGCAGGCUCUGAAGAACUGCCCGACAUUUUGCAGCAAAGGGAGUAAAAUGCAAAACUCAGCCCUGUCUUUUUCUUCUACAGAGUCAAGUCUUCUGUUUGCUAACAAGAAGAUCACCUCAGCCACCUCCACUCAUUGUUUGGAAGAUGUGAAAGGCACAAGAAGAGGUUAUAAACCUCCACAGGAUUUUAUUGUGGAUAAUAUGUGAUAUCCAUGGAUGUUUGUAC